AUGCCACAUGAGCUAUGUUUGCAACGGCUGGCAUUGUUACCAGAGGCGGUCACCAGCAUCUCUGCCCUAGAAACGGGUGAUGUAGUUCUCUGUUCCAAGUCUAGCGUUUGGGUCUUUCCUUCUCACUUUCAUGGCCAAGCUCUUGCACAGGUCGAAUGCGAGGCAACAUGCAUUUUAGCUUUGGGUUCGCAAACAAUCGCGGCGGGCGACCACGCAAAGAGCUCAGUUGGCCUUUUGCAAAACGAUCUUCCUUUCCAAUGCGAAAGGCUGGAUGAGUCAGAGUUUGGUGGGAUCCUGAGACACAGCUGA